AUGGUGCCUGUGGGAGUUUCUCCCUAUGGCUUCCACAACUGCAUCCAGGCAUGGUGGGACCCUGGGCUGUUCCGCUGCAUCCAGCGCUUCCUGGGCACUGUGGGGGCUGCAGUGGGUGACCUCCCCUCCACUGCCACCUCCCUCAACCUCUCUGUCAACACUUUGCACCAGGUACCCCCCCGUGCCUUUGCCCACCUGCCGCAGCCCCACACCCUUGAUCUGACCCACAACCAGCUGGAACUCCUGGCCCCAGGGGCUUUCUGGGGGCUGUUGGCACUGGCCCACCUAGACCUGGCCCACAACCACCUGUCAGUGCUGGCCACAGGUGUUUUCACUGGGCUGGGCAACCUGAGCUUACUGCGGCUGGACCACAACCCGCUGCAGAAGGUGGCUCCCAGUGUUUUCCAGCCACUGGCUGCACUGCCUGUGCUCUGGCUGCAGGGUGGCCAGCUCAGCGCACUGCAGCCUGAGGCCAUGGCCAUGGGGCACUUGACACACCUGGACCUGCUCCACCUGUGUGACAACAUGCUGUCGACACUGGGCCCAGGACUGCCACCCACACUGAGGGUCCUGUGCCUCUGCAACAACUCCCUGGGAGCUCUUUCAGGGGCGACCCCUGGGGUGCUGCCCACAGGGCUUUGUGUGCUUGACCUGUCCUACAACAACAUCUCAAACCCCACGCCACUCGCUCGCCUGUGCCUGCACAGCCUGACAUACCUGCAUCUGGCUGGGAACCCACUGGAUGUGGUGCAGUUGCUGUGCAUGGCUGGAGUCUCCCCGUGCCAUGUGGAUGUGUCAGGGCUGCAGAUGGGCACAAGAGGCUUGAAAUAACUGUGCCAGCAGCUGACAGGGUCACUGUCACUGUGCCCGCAGCUGACAGGGCCAUGGCUGCAGAGGCUGCGGCUGCAGCGUGUGGGGCUCACAGUAUUGCAUAAUGCUCUGGCCAAUUGCCCGUUGCUGGUUGCCCUGGAUGUGUCUGGCAACUGUCUGCAGCCCUUGGGCUGUGUAGGGUGGCUGCUGACCCCGGCGCAGCACGUGGCGCUGGGUGAGCUGGUGGCUGAGCACAACCUGCUGCAGCGGCUGCCAUGGUGCCACGGGACCCCGGUUCUGCACCAACUCCACAAUAUUUCCCUGCGCUUCAACCGCAUCCUGGUGGCUGGCGCGGGUGCCUUUGGCAAUGCACCGGCACUGCGGCAGCUGCAGCUGGAUGUGAAGGGACUGGCGUGGCUGGACCGCAGUGGACCCUGCGAACUGCGGCACCUGCGCCAUGACAACAACCUGCUCACCGACCUCCUGUCCGGCUCCUUUGCUGACCUGCACCAGCUGGAAGAUCUCAACCUGCACAACAACCGUGUGUCAGUGCUCUUUCCUGGUACCUUCAAGGGACUUGACUGCCUGCAGACCCUUGAUCUGGGGGGAAACAACCUGCGGCAUUUGGCGGCUGUGGCGUUUCAGGGCCUCCCGCAGCUUUGCCAGCUCUACCUGGACCGCAACCGGCUGCUGGAAGUGAGCGCAGCCGCAUUCCAGCCGGUGCGGGCAACACUGGGCGUGCUGGACCUGCGUGCCAAUGCGCUGCGCUACCUGAGCCGACACCCGCGGCAGCUGCCACCCUUCCACUACCUGCACAACCUCUAUGACCUGAAGCUGCGGGUGCAGCAGCUGUAUGGGAUGCGUGUGGUCCCGCAGCACUUCUUCCAGGGCCUCAGUGCCUUGAGUUCGCUCUACCUGUCACAGAACUCACUCUCGGACAUCCCUGCUGAUGCCUUCGAUGGAAUGGGGAUGAUGGCAGCAAGGAGGAAGAGGGGGAGGAGAGGAAAGCCACUGCUUACAAUGUUGCUUGGUGUGUUCAUGUGGCUGUGGUACCUAACCCUGCCUAUAUUCCCCCUGGGCACCAGGUACUACGUGGUGACACCUGUUGGGAACUACACUUAUGGCCUGGCCGAGUUUGUGGUGGCCACUGGCGCUGCCACCACGGCUGUCAGCAUCACCACCACUGCCACUUUCCACUAUGCUGGGGCCACUUAUGUCCCCGGCGCCGUGCUCCGCCUGUUCUUGCAGCCCUACCACAGCUUGCAGCUCCAGAGCAGCCAGGACUUCACUGGCACAGCCGUGGUGACCAACACCCCGGUGGCUGUCCUCAGUGGCCACACCUGUGUCAAGGUGUCUGCUGGUUUUGACUUUGUGGUGGAGCAGCUCCUCCCAAUGACAGCGUGGGGGAGGAGCUACGUGGUGCCACCCAACCCACUGCAGACAGAUGUUGACUUCAUCUAUGUGGUGACAGAUGAGGAYAACACCAUYGCCUAUGACACCAGGAGUGGGAAUGCCACCGUGGCCAUGGCGGCAGGGGAGGUGCGGACAUUCGUGGUGAACCGUAACUCGCACCUGUACAUCAGUGCAGUGGUGGCAGUGCAGGUGGUGUUUUUCUUCACUGGGUCAUCUUGGCAAGAUCCCUUCCUCCUUGUUGUCCCACCUAUCACUGCCCACUGCACUGCAUUCCGCUUCAGCAGCGUGCCUGGCCAGUAUAACCAUGCCGUCCUCAUUGCACCUACCACUGCCACUGCCACCACCACCCUCAACCAUCAGUUGGACAACACCAUGGUGUGGCAGGCCAUUCCUGGCACAGAUUUCUCCUGGGCCAGCCUCACCGUGCACGCAGUGAUGCGGAGUGCUGAGAACUCGCAGGUCCCCAUCGGGGUCCUGGUGUUUGGGGUCCAGAGUCACACUGGAUACGGCUUCCCUGGGCUCUGUGCCGCCACACCCACACCGCUCUCCUGUGACAAUCUGGUGUGCAACGAGGGGUGUGAGAUGGUGGAUGGACAACCAGAGUGCAUCAAGGAGACUUUCUCCACCUGUUGGCUCGCUGGUGGGCCACACUACCGGAGUUUUGAUGGAAAAACCUUUGACUUCAUGGGAACGUGUGCCUACACCUUGACCACAAUCUGCAAUCCCGAUCCCACCUUUCCUGCCUUCUCUGUUGUGGUCAAAAAAGAGGAAAAGGAAAAUUCCAAAGUUUUCUCUAUCGGCUCCAUCACCAUACAUGUUGACAACRUCACCAUCACUGCAGUCCGGUCAGAGAAUGGGGUGGUGAGGGUAACUCUCACUUGCCCGCCCAACAGCACCUUCAGCACCUGUGGCCUCACCUGUCACCCCACCUGCAACAUCCCUGCUGUGUCAUCCGACUGUGCUGCUGCCAACACMUGUGUGGAGACCUGCACGUGCCAUGAGGGUCUUGUCCUUGAUGCCAACACCUGCGUCCCACCCUCUGAAUGUGGCUGCAUCUUUCAGGGCCUCCUCCAUGGCCUUGGGGAGGAAUUYUGGGGUGACCUCACCUGCACCCAACGCUGUGUAUGUGAUGCGGAGCAGCRUCAGGCRGUGUGCCGGGAUUCCGGUUGUGGCCCUGAGGAGGAAUGCCGGGUGGAGGAUGGGAUCCAGGAUUGCUAUCCCAAAAUUUCUGGGGUUUGCACCGCUGUUGGAGCCACCCACUAUGAGACCUUUGAUGGCAGGAGGUUCAUCUUCCAGGGGACAUGUGUCUACCUGUUUGUUGGGUUGUGUGAAGACACACAAAAUUUGGUGGGAUUCCAGGUGUUGGUAGAGAAUGGCCACCAGGGUGACAAGCUCAUGUCAGCCAUYGCUGUGGUGACAGUCAAAGUCUACAACAAAACCAUCAGCAUCAGCAGGGAACACCCUGGAAAAAUCAUGAUUGAUGAGCAGUUGGUCAACCUCCCAUAUCAUCACAAUGAAAGAAAGAUUGUUGUCUAUCGUGAUGGGCAGGAAGUGGUGGUAGAGACCAAUUUUGGCCUUGUUGUCACCUAUGACUGGCACAGCCACGUUACCGCGAUGGUGCCCAGUGGCUUUGCCAGUGCCCUGUGUGGGCUCUGCGGGAACUACAAUGGUGCUGCUAGCGAUGAUAUGAUGAUGAGCAACAACCGUGUGACAUCAGACCCAGAUGCCUUCGGGAGCAGCUGGAAGGUCACGGAUGUCCCAGGAUGUGGUGAGAGGUCAACAGUGGAAUGUUCCAGCACUGUUGCACYUUCCCAGCUGCAGCAGGAAGUAUCUAGGAUGGGGUGUGAAAUUAUUUUGGAAGCAGAUGGACCCUUUGGAGCAUGUCAUGGUCGUGUUGAUGCCCACCAGUACUUCCAGAGCUGCAUCCAUGACUCCUGCCUCUUCCCUGAUCAGAAAGAAGGGAUGUGUCCAAUCAUUGCCCACUAUGCCACUGCCUGCCAGGCUGCCGGUGUGUCCAUCAGGAGGUGGAGGACAGAUAAUUUCUGCUGUAAGUUGGGAAAAUUGGAGGGGUUUUCUUUCAGUGGUAUGCAAAGGAUCCUUAAGCCCGCUCCAAAACAAAGUAUGAACAGCUCAGAG